AUGGUUCCCCGUUCCUCUUGCUUCGACUGCAUCUGCUCCUGUGGUAAAGUGUUGCUGCAAAGCUGGCUGGAGUUGCAAGUGACGCAUCGAGGUGGCAAGUAUUCUAUUGAGAGGCUGCUGGCUCUGGAGGAAUACACAAAGACAGCGUCUGGCCUUCGAGUGCUCAUUGUGUGUCUAGGUACGCCACUACCGAUGAUGACUUUGACGAUGGCGCAAGAACUGCUGCCUCUGGAGAGACCGAGUGCAGGGUGGAGAGAAAACCACGGCUUCUGGGUCCGCUUGGCUUUAUUGGGGGCUGUCAUCGCCCAUACAGCAGCAGUUCAAGCGCACUACCACGUGGAUCAAGUGUACUUGUCUCGCAUGCAGCGACUUUCAAUUGGAGGGUUGGUUGGUAUCUCGUUCUCGAUUAUCACAAUGGGGAUCUCUUCUGCUAGCAUCUUCCCUCUUCCCUUUAUCGUGAUCACUGGCGUCCCCCUCUUUUACCCGCUGCUUCUUCUAUCUCUGUUUAUUGUUGGGUCUGAAGCAUUUUACCGGCUGAUUUCACGUCGGAAGAAGCUUUUUCGGUACCUUUGUUUCCUGGGGCUGCAAGUUGGGAUGACGGUGAUCUGUCCAUCCUAUCAAGUCUUGUUCGACCACACAACAGACUUUUGGUCAGAGCUAGCGGUGCUGUUUCUUCUCCCCGUUCUCAAGAUCAUCCUCAAGAACUUCUUGUCGUAUUCAGUAUCUCACAUGGAGGAUUUGGUUCCUGAGACCGUUAUCUUCACGGUCGACUUCUUCAACGCGGUGUAUCUGGCAACCUGCAUGCAACGCGCCAACUCCGUCUUUACGAUGGCGAUAAUCAUGGCGAUUGAUCUAUUACAGACCGUAUUUGCGUUGCAUCGCCUUGAUCGACAGACGUGUAGGAUCUUGGCGGAGCUCCGUGUAACUAUGGAGAAUGAAAAUCAUACCGAUAACGUGAAUUUGCUGAGUGCAAUUCAUGCUCUGUGCGACAAUCCAAGGAAGCUCAAAAGGCAAGCUCGCGGAGUGAUCCGUGUGUACUCGUGCAUGCCGCAUCGCCUUACCGCGUCUGGAUCUGGGCUGUUACGCAGACUUCACGGGCCAAUGGGCGAUGCAGCGAAGACAGAAUCGUGGAUCACUCGGCCCAACCUACUCGAAUCCCUUAAGGCUCCACUUGCAUCUAUUCAGAUGUCCGUCAGACCGUCUUCGCCGGUCGAUACGAUACAAGCUCAGCCAAAACAAUCUCCAGCAACCGAUCAACCCAACUUCCUCAGCGAAGCUCUAGAAGUUAUCUUCACGUCCGAAUGUCUCGUGUUGACCGAGUAUCUGGAGGCGGUGAUUCCCAUUCUCUAUGGUUUAUACGUGAAAGUGCUUGUCAAUCUCCCCAGUGCUCAGUAUCACAUCGAGCUUCAAGGCACAACGGCUGACAAUGUGGACUCGAAGCUGCAGAGUAUCUUUGUCUAUGCUGUGCUGGAAUUUGCAUCGCUGGCUGUACUGAUCCUUGUGAUGCUGAAGUAUUGCGGCGUACAAGCACUUUACCAGCUGGCGUUUGUAUUCGAGAAACAAACGAUCCUUGUCCAAGCCAAGCACGUCACCUGGGCAUUGAUCACACUAUGCUUCAGGGUUGUACACUUCGGCGUAGAUUUUACCUUCAAAUUCGGUUGGACGCGCUGA